AAUCCAGUAACCUGUAUCUCUUUCACACACAUAGAGAGGGCCUUCCUUCAUCCCUAUUGAACUCUCUACUGGACUCCAAGAUUGGGCAGCUGCCAUAUCCUGUCCUCCCUCUGCCGCCUGCCUUCUUUCACUAUCUGCUCUUCCAUCUCAAUGAAGUAUGUCUUGCUGACUGACUUAGUGGUUUGGGAUUAUUCUUAUCCAGCACUGAGAGGUCCCUCCCAGUGAUUCAGGCAGAAUCAGGAAGCUGCGCUGUUGAAAGCUCGGGAGCGCCCAUCUCACCAGCCGGAAGGCAGCACUUGUGGGUUUACAAAAAAUAAAACCCAACUGGUUAACGUCAACAGAAAUGUAGAAAACUCUGGAGGAAUGAUGGAGCUUGGUGGAGAGAGCAUGUCAGAGCAGCAAAGGGACAAAAGUUUAGAUAGACAGCAGACAUCCCAGGAGUGCAAGAGGACAUGUGCACAAGAGGACAGCUCCCAACCUCAAACGCAGGUGGCUGUGGGCAGCCAAUCCCCCAGCCCCAGUGUCCGGUCUGAGAGCUUGAUGCGCCGCCGGGCACAGUUGUCCAACUUCAACAGGAGCCUGAGCAGGGCCAGCAGACGUUCACAGAACUGGGCAACAGGAACAGACACAGCCAGGCUCUCUGCGGCUGGAAGCAGCACGAGGAGGAAAGGACUGAAGGAGAUCCUCCUGCAGAGCAGCGAAGCCAAACCUGUGUGGCUGGCGGCUUUGCUGAAGGGAGAGGUCCCUGAUGGGCAGCAAGGCCAUGAUCCUCUUGUGGAAGCCAACUUGGAGGACUUGUCAUUGGUGCUAGACCCGCUGGAGCAUGAGUGGAUGCUGACCGUGGCCCAAGGAGAUGCAAGGAGUAUCCUCCGGUUGCUGGACCAGGAUCCCAGCCUGCUCUCCAGGACAGAUUUUGUGACCGGUUUCACUGUCCUCCACUGGUUGGCCAAACAUGGUCAUCAUGAGGACUUGAUAGAAGUCAUCACUUUUGCUGAGAAGCAGCGUUAUCCGGUUGAUGUCAACAUAUUCACUGCUAGUGGCAGGCUAACUCCUCUCCACUUGGCUGCUCUUCAGGGACAUGAGAUGGUCAUCAAGGUGCUGGUGGGGGCCUAUGGGGCCAACACGAGCCUCCGGGAUCAUAACGGCCGCCAAGCAUGGCAGUAUCUCCGAGCAGAUGCUCCAAGGGAGCUGAAGGAGCUUUUGGGGGCUUGUGAGGAAGACGUAGCCUUCCAAGGAGUGUUCAACACCAACAACAACUGUGUGUCAUCCAGACGCAGUAGGAGCAACGGGUUCAAAAGAGGCUGCGAGGGUGUUCAAGAGGAAGAGAACAGCCGCAGGCCUAUUGCCAGACUGACCACUUUAAGGAACUUGUUCAGGCAAGCCAUCGCAUUCUUCCAAGAGCGGUAGACAUUUGCUCAGUAGCAGAGGCACUUGAGUCUGUUGACUGGGUGGAUUGUGACAGAAGCCAUCAUGAAAGGGUGGGAAUGCUGCAGGAGGAAGCCUGGGAGGUAGGUGAGGUUAUCUGUAAGAUGCUGGCUUCAGCCAACCCGCCCAGACUCGUAGUUUAGCCUUAGGUGUGAGAAGUCCAAGGUCUUGGAAGAAAAUGAAGGAGUGGUAGUACAUGAACUAAAGACCCAUCUCGUGCUGUGCUAAAGUCCAUCCAUAGGGAAAACAAUAGACAAUUUAAAAGACAAACUAACCUUUUAAGUACUGAGCCAGGAAAAGAGAAAUUCUGCAACCUGGGCAAGCAAAUUUUACUGAUUUAUAUAGGUUUUUAUUCUGCGUAAUUUAUUCUGGCUUUGGGUGGGGCAAGGAGCAAUGCUGAACAGUAAAACCCCACACCUAAGCCCCUGGAAAUCUGGGGCAGGCACCCCCUUUGGCUACAAAGCUUCUCAUAAGCACCAUCCAUGCAUUUUGAUAAGUAUCUUUGUAAUCAGAAAUUCAAGAGAUUUGCAUGUCUAAAAAUACAGAUGCAAAUUUGGAACAAUCAGAGCACUUUCAAAUAAAGAACAAAAAGCAGAUUAA